CUUCAUUUAUUAGAAUAUAUUAUGCAAUUUGUUGUUAUGGUUAUCAAUCCCUGAACGGCUUAUGGUUGUUGCAUCAUGUCUUGUAAGAGGAUAAAAUUUGGUGAGUUUUAUAUGUAUGAAAAGGCCUUAAGGUAAUUUUUCUCAUUUCACUAUUUAGAGUUCUUUCAUUGAAAUUUCAGCUGACGUGUUUACUAUCUGAGGUUGGGCUGAACAUUGACGAAGCACAUGCUUUCUCAACAACUGAUGGCUACUGCUUGGAUGUAUUUUAUGUUCAUUGUCAACCAUAUGGGGAGGCUGAGCACAUAAAAAAAGUACUGCUAGAGGAGAUGUCAAAAGUUGAGAAGUAUCCUUGGUUGAAAGAUCAUGCCAAACAUACUGUUGGGGGGCUGCAGUACACUAAGAAAAAGCUUCUAUCUAAUCAUAGUUGGGAAAUUGAUGCUAACCUUUUGAAGUUUGAAAGGAAAUUGAUACUUGGGUCCUAUGGUGAUUUGUACAAAGGUACGUUUUGUGGUCAAGAUGUUGCCAUUAAAGUUCUUAGGACUGAGUAUCUAAAUGAAAAUAUGCAGAGGGAGUUUAAUCAAGAGGUUGAUAUUUUGAGGUUUGUUUAACUGUAAUUAGCCUUGGCAUUGCUAUCUUAUGUUCUGUUUUCUUUUUCAGUUUAUAGCUUCAAUUUUCUGGGCACUGUCCCAGUGUCUUCAUUUUCUCCAAUUCCGAUUUAGCAUUCUUUCAACCUUCUAGCAGGAAGAUUUUCUUCUAUUCCCAUGUAAAUCUUCCUUUAAAAUUUGCAGGAAAAUUCAGCACAAUAAUAUUGUUAAAUUCAUUGGUGCUUGUACCAAACCUUCAAACCUUUGUAUUGUGACAGAAUUCAUGGCUGGGGGAAGCAUGUAUGACGUUCUUCGUAAACAAAAAUGUGGUCUUGAGCUUCCAUUCUUACUUGAAGUAGCAAUUCAUGUUUCCAACGGAAUGAGCUACCUGCACCAAAAAAAUAUUAUCCAUAGGGAUCUGAAAGCUGCCAAUCUUUUGUUGGAUGAAAAGGGAGUAAGAAAUUUCACUUUGGUAGUUUUGUUGCCUUUUAUUUGUAGAGUUCUGCCAAAACGGCACAUGCCUGCUCUCAGUGGUGAUUAGUUAUUUGCAACUUAGUAACUUAAGGCAAGUAAAAGAAAGACAGUCACAACUAAUAUUCAAACUUUCAAUUAUGCUUGUCUUCUUCGGUUGUGCCAAAUUAGUGCUAGGGCAUUACAACAAACCUUGGCAUGCCUUUAAAAACCUUUGGUGGUUGCUGCCAGUGUGAUCCAUCACACAAUUAUCUUGCACUACUUAUUAUGUCUUACUGGAUCAGACUUUAACCAAAUUGAAUUUUAUCCAUUUUUCUGGUUUUGGGAGUGGGGUUGAAGGAUACUAUGUUUCUUCCUAUCAUUGAUUCAAUGAAGUCCUUCUUAAGGGCUUGUGUAAACCACGUUUCUUUACUAGCUUUUUUAAUCACAUUUCCAUAUUCAUUUCUUCCAUCCUUAUUUUAGUUGAUGCUAGAGGGGUGGCACAUGAAACAGUCCCGUACUACCAAGUGGCAAGGCUGUGGUGGGGGAAGAGAGAUGCGUAGAGUCUCUAAUCUUUAAGCUGCUUGUUUAUUUAGGAGAUUAUUUAUCUGGUGGCUAGUUGUUGUUAAAUUAACUUCUAAUGUGAGAAUUUCUUUUCCCUUUUAAUUUUUACAAAUGGUUCUGGAGACGCUAUUGUAAAACUCUAGUCUGUAGCACCAGUAUGCAUCCUGAUUAUUUGCUUGUCACAUGUAGCUUAAGCCAGCUGGUCCUUGAUUUAUAUCUUUGUUAACACUCUUAAAAAUUUGCCCCACAGGUUGUUAAAGUUGCCGACUUUGGUGUUGCUAGGAUGCAAACUCAAGGUGUGAUGACUGCAGAAACUGGAACAUAUCGCUGGAUGGCUCCAGAGGUUGGUAUCCUAAUUAAAUAAUUUAGCAAAUGGGUAUUGAAGUUUUUGGUUACUAUGUUUAAGAGAAGGCAGGUUUGGAUCAUCAAAUUCCAUGAGUUAAGUGCUUCAUAUGUGAUAUGACCUCGACAGCCUUUAAUAACCUUAGGUGUAAUGAACCACAUGUGAGAUUGUAACUAUCAUUUGCCUUUGCUAGUUUUUCUCCAUCUCUCUCUGACAUGAUUACUGGGUAUCAAUGCAUGGAAGGUGAUUGAACACAAGCCAUAUGAUCAUAAAGCUGAUGUUUUUAGCUUUGGGAUUUUGCUAUGGGAACUGCUAACAGGAAAGCUUCCAUAUGAGAACUUAACACCUUUACAAGCUGCAAUCGGUGUUGUCCAGAAGGAACUAAGACCUGUUAUUCCAAGUGACACUCAUCCCAAAUUGGUGGAAUUGCUUGAUAGAUGCUGGCAGAGGGAUCCAUCUUUGAGACCUGAAUUCUCUGAAAUUCGACUACUUUUGCUAGACUUAGCCAAAGGUUCGUAAGGCCUGUUUUUUCGCUUAAGUUUAGAAACUCCUUUGUACAAGAUAACUAAGAGGAUUGGCAGAAAGAUUGUCCAGAAGCCUUGUAUCAUAUUUUAGGCAAGCAGCUGGAAUGAAAAGCUGCAUGUAUAUAUCCUUUAGAAAUUAAAAUAUGUUUUGCUUCCUUUUCCCUUUCCUCUUCCUCUCUUUUCUGCUUUCUUUUAUUUCAUGCAGAAUUCAGUGAAGAGGACAUUGCAAUGGCAGAGUCUUCUGGUUCCUCAGUGCAGAAAGAAGAAGAAAUAGUUGUCAAGAUUGACGGUAAAGAAACGGGGAGUGCUUCAAAGUCCACCGGUGAGAGCUCAGUCAGGAGAGUCCCUCGCUCCGUUAAGAAAUUCAAAGUUUCAUUUGAAGAAGUAUUGACUGAAGCACUUAAACAAAGGAGAAAGAACACCUCCGGCCCUGAAAAGAGCCUGCGGUCUGGAGAGGAAGACGGCUCUCAGUCUAUUUCAGAUUCUUCUUUUGCAAGGAACUCAUGGAGGGUUGUGGUGAAUAAGGCCAAGUCCAGGUUGAUUGACCCACCUGAGGAACCAUAUCAAAGAAAUG